CUGUCAAUGUCAACUAUUUUUUGUCAAAAUGGCGUUUAGCUUCCCUGCUUUUUCCUAUAUUAUUGCGUUAAUAAUCGAUGCUUUUCUCAUAUUUUUCUCUAUAUUUCAUGUUAUAGCUUUUGAUGAACUAAAAACAGAUUAUAAAAAUCCAAUUGAUCAGUGCAACAGUCUUAACCCACUGGUACUACCGGAGUAUUUACUGCAUCUGUUUAUAAACGUUCUAUUCCUGCUCUCGGGAGAAUGGUUUUCAUUGUUGAUAAACAUUCCUUUGAUCCUGUAUCACAUACACAGAUACUACACAAGGCCAGUGAUGUCAGGCCCUGGUUUAUAUGAUCCAACAAGCAUCAUGAAUGCUGAUGUGUUAACAGUUUGCCAACGAGAAGGCUGGAUCAAACUGGCAUUUUAUUUGUUGUCAUUCUUUUUAUAUCUCUAUGGAAUGAUUGUCGUAUUGAUUGCUGCAUAAAUAAUGUGAGAUUGUUAUUUCCAUUAAGUAAUUUAUUGUUAGUGCUCUAUAUACAACUCCAGUCAAGCGAACAAGUGUAACAUUUCUUGUCAGUUUACCCCUGUGUGAAUGGAUAGUAUUUUGAUAAUAAAGAUUCAUAUUAAUUAA